AUGGAGGGACUCGACGGUGGAAAGGUUCAGGAUCUGGCGUCCCUCCUCUCCGGCGAGGGGAGGGAUUACGUCGUCCGGAAGAAUAGCGACAAGGUGAGAUCGGAUAUCUAUUUUCUCCCAAAAUAUUUGUGAUUGCCCCGACCGGAUGAAUCCUUGGAGAUUUCUGGAUAAACCAUCGCAAUCCAACCCUUGUUUCUCGUGAUUCCGGCGGGUGUUACAGGUGCCGGUGACCGAUCUGGGGGGGAAGAUUGUGGCCAUCUACUUCUCCGGCCACUGGUGUCCUCCAUGCCGGCGCUUCACCCCCGUGCUCGCCGAGACGUACGAUGAGCUCUCUCCCAAAGGCUUCGAGGUCGUUUUCGUCUCCUCCGACCGGGACGAGGAGUCCUUCAAUGAGUACUUCGACGGGAUGCCGUGGCUAGCCGUCCCCUUCUCCGACGCGGCCGCGCGGAGGCGCAUCAAGGAGCUCUUCAAUGUCAGGGGGAUCCCUCUUCUGGUUGUCCUCGACGGGAGCACUGGCAAGGUCCUCACUACCGAGGGAGUCGGCGUCGUGAGGGAGUACGGGACGGCGGGGUUUCCCUUCUCCUCGGAGCGUCUGGCCCAGCUCAAGGAGGAGGAAGAGGAGGCCCGGAGGAACCAGACUCUGAAGACCCUCCUGGCUUCUGGUUCUCGGGACUUCGUCAUCAGAAGCAACGGAGAUAAGGUACUCUUACAGCGGACCGAUCUUCGGAAAAAAGAGAGUUGAAAUCUGAAUCUGAAACUUACGACGGGGAUUCCGGCAGGUGCCGAUCUCGGAGAUCGAAGGGAAGCUCGUGUGCCUCUAUUUCCUCGCCGGCUCCUUCCCCCCCUGCGUGGAGUUCCAGUCCACGCUAUCAGAGAUGUAUGGCGAACUGAAGAACAGGGGGGAGCCCUUCGAGGUCAUCGCCCUCCCCCUCGACGACGUUGAAUCCUCCCUUGGAGAAAUGCCGUGGCUGGCAGUGCCGUUCAAGGACAAGGCCAUCGAGAAACUUACUCGGUACUUCGAGCUAAGCACCAUCCCGACCCUCGUCGUCAUCGCCCCCGACGGGAAGACUCUGAACCCCAAUGCCGCGGAGAUCGUCGAGGAACACGGUGUCGAUGCCUAUCCCUUCUCGCCGGAGCGGCUUGCGGAGCUGGUGGAGCUGGAGAGGCAGCGGGAGGAGUCUCAGACUCUGGAGUCCGUCCUGGUCUCCGGUAGUCUAGACUACGUCAUCGGGAAAAAUGGUUCCAAGGUACUGACCACCAAUGCCGAGCUCUCCGAACGUUUCUCUUCUUCUUCUUUCUCGAUCACGCUGGCGGUUCUAACAAUGGAGAAAUCGGAAUCAUCCUCGUCACUGUCCGGGUUCUGAAUCAGGUUCCGGUAUCGGAGCUCGUUGGGAAGAACGUCCUCCUCUACUUCUCCGCCCACUGGUGCCCACCAUGCCGCGGUUUCACGCCAAAACUGAUCCAAGUGUACCACGAAAUCAAGGCCCGGGACGCCGCCUUCGAGGUGGUCUUCAUCUCCAGCGAUCAAGACCAGGACUCCUUUGAGGAGUACUAUUCCAGCAUGCCGUGGCUGGCGCUCCCCCUCGGCGACCCGCGAAAGAAGUCCCUCAACCAGAGGUUCAAGAUUGAUGGGAUUCCUUCUCUCGUCGCCAUCGGCCCGUCGGGUCGCACCGUCACUACGGAGGCCCGAGACAUGAUCGAGGAGCGUGGCAGCGCAGCGUACCCCUUUACCGAUGAUGCAGGCCUCGGAGGUGACGACGACGACGACGACGACGACGACGAAGAAAAAGAAGACGAGAAAUGUGCGGCCGCCGCUGCUCCGGAAGGGUAUGUCUGCGAGGGGGACGUCUGCCGGAAGGCGUAG